AAUAGUAGAGAGUGAAGUAUAUCUCGGUUAUUCUAAUUUACAACCAGGCAACACAACCACCACUCCUAGGAAUAUAAGAGAAUCACAAAAUUUUGAUAUGUGCAACAUUUACUUCCGCAGUACACUUUUAUCAGUUGUAAUAAAAACACUCACUCAAUGAAGUUCAUCUACUGCUGCAUUUUAUGCUUACAAGGAGUGACCUUGAUUAUGAUGCCUCAUGACAAAUUGAAAACUUAGACUUCACUGUGCAAAGUUUUACAUAUAUAUAGAUGGUUCAGUGUGAUCAUAUUUUGUUAAUACGCCCAUGUCCGGAAAUGCUUUGGUUUGGCACUAUGGGCCAAAAAAAGUUUCCAAUAGAAUGCUUAAGUUUGAGUGGAGGUUAUCAUUGUUUUAUAUUAUAAAAGGUGUUUAAAUGGCGGCUACCAACUUGAUUGCAUGUUCUGCUGAACUCUUCAAAAGAUUCCUGGCAUUUCCCAGAUGGAUCCAGCUGCUACUACAAUUCUUGCCACAAGAUAAUGUUCUGUCUCCACUGGAGUCUCGUACACCAGGCUUUGCAUGUACCACCAGAGAAAGAAAACCAAUGGAUUCAAGUCAGAGGAGCAAGUGGGCCAGGUUAUUGGGCCUCCACAUCCUAUCCAUCUGUUGCCAAAGGUUUCAUCCAAAUACUCACGGAUGACAUUAGUGCAGUGUGUCAGGGGGCCAUCAUGCUAGAAUCACAUUUCAUGAUGGUCUUCCAAAGGCACCACUUCCAGCAGCUCGGGUAAGGUCUCUUGGAGAAAUGUUAAGUAAAUAUCAAUAGUAAGCCACAGAGGUAACGGCAUCCUCCUUCACAUUUCAGAGGCCCUAGCGCGUAAACAGAGCAUUUCCGGACAUGGAUGUAUGAACAAAAUAUCAGACUGAACCCAUCUAUCUAGCACAGAGCGUUGUAACAUAUUUAUUUACACCCUGCAUAAAAACUUGCAAAAAAUUAAGGGUACAUAAUGGCCAAACAUAAAUAAAAUGUGUAACACCUGACACCCUUCUUAAUGAAAUACAUUGCUUAGCUGUAGUGAAUGGUUCAUUGUCCACCAGAGCUCAAAUUUAGAAAAGCCACAUAAGAUCUCACAAUAUUACAGCCUCACUAUGCUCCUCUGUAUCAUAACUGAAGUAAUUUUCUUAGUAAUGUGUUUCAAAUUUACUGCAUGUACCAAAUCCUCACGUCAUUCAGUUCUCUCCAUUUCAACACAAACUUAUAGUAAAUGUUCGACCCUGAAUUGUAUGGCCUUACCUAAGUGUACAACAUGUAGCAGUGAAUCACUUUCAAAGAAUCCCGUAUACUGAUUUCUUUCAUAGAACACUCAUUCUUUUAUGGGAAGAUGUUUGCUUAUCCACUUAGUGAUCAUAUGGGCAUGUGGUUUCAGCAUGAUGGUGCCACUUUUCAUGCCAUGUACAUAAUUCAUUGAACAGACGCUUUCCAGAUGCAUGGAUCAACAAGAAUCAUCUAUAAAAGGGCUGUGGGGGUAUGAUCAUCUGCCUAUCAUGUUUGGUUUGGGUCCAGAUUUUUUCUUACAGGACUGCAUCAAGGAAACCACUUGUAUUGGAAGUACAAGAUGGACAACCUGAUCAAAUUGAGUCCUAGUAGCUGCAGCAGACAUUUAAGGCCAACCUAGACAAUUGGUUUGCAUUGAAACUUGAUUGUCUUGUUACAAAGUGUGCAUGCCAACUAAGAGUGGUUAACUGUGAGCAGUUCUUGUUGGGAAAUGAACAGAACUAUAUGCUAGCCCUAGUAUACAAUGUUUUCUAUUAAACAUAAUGUAAAAUUCAAACUAAUGAGGGCUGAUAGCUUGGGAAACCUUUUCUGUAAUUAAAAGUACAAAAUAAUAAUGUUUAAUUUACAUGUUAUGCUCCAAAUUACUUCUCAUACUUGCCAAAGACUGGCCACAAGGCAUACAGUCUUUCACAUAAACACCUGAUGCUGUAGCGUGACUUACAUACAUACGAGUACAUACAUCAGCGUUUCACAGUAUUCAUAAGUGUGCAACUGGCACUGAAUAUAAAACUUGUCAAAAAAUAGUCAGAAGACAAUCACAGAUAAAAUCUCAGAGACAUCAAUUCGACCAUAGUUAAAAUCUAAACUGAAUACCUCAAUUAAAUAGAUACAAUGUUAUACAUAUAAUUACACAAAGAUAAUUAGCAAUAUAUAAUAAUUCUCCUUCCUACUCAUAUAUACAUAUGCAUUCAACGAUGAACUAUAGUUUUCACAUAUUUAGAUAUAAAUUGCACAGUAAUAUAAUAAAAUAUACCCAAAUAAACAUAUUUCUGAUUAUAAAUCUUUACAAUAAAGCAAAAAUUCAUUAACUGAAUAAAACGAAUUAUUGAUUAAUAUUUCUUUUAGUUUUCCUAUGAAAAGUUUCCUGUCUUGUACCAAAUCUCUUACAUAGAGUAGCAAAUUGUUGAAAAUUUUAACACACAUGUAAUAACCUCCUUUUUGCCUUACUGCUAAAUGUGACUGUAAUACAUGUAGAUUCCCUCUAUGUCUUGUGGUUUUAUUAUGGGCUGCAUAAGGGAUACGCUAUUUAUACGAAUCACAUUCACUGAUCGAAUGUAAAUACCUUCCGAAACUUAGGAAGAACUACUUCCUAAUUUGCUCAUAUCGGCUUAUACUAGAACUGCAUUAUCAGAGUAAGCGCAAACCACGGAAACAAUCUAGCAUGCACGAUGGUGUGUAAGGCCAGAGCUAUGUUACGAUUCAAUUUAUAAAUAAUCUCAUCCCACCUCAGUGUAUUACAUAGGACGAAUUUAACCGCUGUCAAUUACCAUUCAUAGUUUUAAUAAUCGUAACAUGUCGCAUAUAUCUAUGUCUGUCUUGCAGGGCUAACUGGAAUGUAUCCCAUUCACUUGUAAUAUUCCUUGCCUUCCUUGCCUUCCUAGCAAUAUAAACGAAAGAUGUUGAAAAAAUUAUAACUCUAAACAAAAUAUUUCUCACGUUACACACGUUGAAACAUACAGUAGGCAGUGAAUUAGCAUGUUUCGUAAUGGGGCUUGAUACAGUGUAGUUUUUAAGCGAAUACAGUUUUAUAAUGUUCUGAAAUACGGAGGCAAUGCCUCCAUUUGUUAAAGAAAUCCGUAUUUGGCGAAUGAUGUUUCUCUGCUUGCAGGAGUACUGAGGUUGAUCAUGACAGAAGGGAAAGAAGUGGCACCACAAAGCUUGAUCUUAAGUGCCAUAAAGAGUGAAAUGCUCACUCAUGAACUCGGCAUAGAAGAAGGGGAAAUAGGACUACAGCGUGUUCCGCUUGCUUAUCCCAAGCAGGAUAUUAUUGUUGAAGUGCCUCUCAUAAAUGGUGAACCACCAGCAACAUUGAAUUCUUCAAGAGAUUGUGAUGCCUCAAAUCUCCUGCAGUCUGAGGUAGCAUGUGGGAUCACAGCAGAAAAAGGAAAGCAUUUCUAUGAGGGAAAUGAAGCUGUACAGUAUAAGCAAGAAGGCAGUGUGCAGGGCAUGACUCCCAAAGAAGAGCAAAUCAGGAAACGUAGAGAACAAAAUAGGUUUAGAAUGAGAGCACUACGGGCAUCUGAAUCAGAGGUGGCCCAGAGACUAAGGGAACGUAACAAGUUCAGAAUGAGAACUCUUCGUGCAUCAGAUUCUCAGGUUGCUAGAAGUCUCAGAGAACGCAACAAAUACCGAAUGAGAGAAAUUCGUUCUUCUGAAUCUCGAUUAACUUGCAGACUUGUAGAAGGCAGCGCUUUGCAUGCAGAGUCUACUCAAGGAGAAGAAUGCGUGCCAAAUGAUAUAAAAAUACAAGAACACUAUUUAGGACAAGGGCAGGGUGUACAUAUUACAGGAAUGGUUGAUAACUCUUGGAGAACAGGCAUCAGGGUUGAUCUUGUAAAUGUUUAUACCGAAGGAAAUAAAUUUCCAUGGGUAUGUGUGGAGAAAGGUUCUCAGCAAAACAAGUCAUUCAGUGUUCAAGGAUCCCAAGAUGUAAAGCAGAGUGCAUUUGAACAGUCUCUUAAUGGAGUAGUACACAAGGCUAAAUCAGUCCCUUACGAGUGCAUUCCAGCAAACAGAAAUAACUGCAGGCACAAUAUAUAUGACAAAAACGAAUUUCAUGCUGCUGAAAGUGAAGGCAAGGGGAGUACAAAAUCUGAGGUGGAAUACCUGAACAGUGUGGUGAACUGUGCGCAGUGUGAUGGAUUUGUAAUGAGAAGUCAAGAAGUAGGAAUAUGUGCUGUCAGCAGCUGUCAGCAGCAACAUAAAAAUACAUGUACUGUUCAUAUGAAAAGCAAAGAAAGUUUUGAGGGCCAGGGGUCAGUAACAGUAGGAGAUGAAGCUCAGGGUGAUAUCUCUCAGUGGAAAGAGAAGUUUAGUUCACAUUUUGUGACAUUUGAUGGUGAAAUUACAAAACAAACCAAGGUAUUAAUAAAAGACGUUCCAUCUGAAAUAAGGGAAAUGACUGUACCCCAAAUAUUUGAUCUGGCUGAGAAACGGAGGGAAAAAGGGAAGCUAAGAAUGAGACUUAAACGACAUUCAGAAACAGAGGAAGAAGCUGAGCGAAGGAGGGAACGUGGUCGGUUGCGAAUGAGAGUAUUACGAGCAUCAGAAACUGAGGAACAGGCUGCAAGACGUAGGGAACUUAAUAGGUUGCGAAUGAGAAUGAAACGUAGCUCUGCAAGACACUGAUGUUUGAAUUUUUCCAUUAUGUUAAUUCCAGUCAUUGUUUAUGGACAUACAGAGUAUUUAGUAAUUAUUGUGUAUAUUCAUGUAGAGCUUUAAAUUAAUUUGGAUAUAAUUAAUAUAUAAAGAGACACAAUUAACCUACACAUUGCAGUAGCUUUCAUUGAAAUAACCGCAGAAAAUUACAUUGAUAAAAUUAAUAACACCAAAAGCUAUAUGCUUUGGACUUCAGUUGUUAAAACAAAGCCGAUUAUUAUAUCAAAAUAAAAUGCUUACUGAUUAAUAGUUGAAGAAUAUAAAGCUUAAAAAAAUAAAAUAAUAUAUUCAGUCUUAAUCAUUUGCACCAUGUUGUCUGUCAUAGUGUGGUUGACACAAAACAGGAAUAUUAUUCAGCAGUAGGAAGAAAACAUCCAUACAAAAGAGACACAUACUCCAAAGAGAAAAUAACUCCACCACAAUACGACAUAAGAAAAUCAGGAAGAAAUACAUAUAGAACUAGAAACAACAAUUGUGAGUAAUUAUUCAUAACAUAUGAAACAAACAUUAACAAUCAAUCCCAGAAGACAUCAUCACCCUCUAAUAUACAAGCAUCACAGAAACCCACAUUGUAUCGAUGAGGUAUAAACACUAAUUUAAACAAUUUUAGUCCUAAGGUUAACUAUAAUAUCAGAAAUACCAAUGUAUGUUAUAAUGAGAUUAGGAAUCAACAGUUUUUAAAAUAAUACUUAUAUGGAUCCAUAUUAGGACAAUUCAGUAACAAGCACAUAUUUAAGAAACUGCCUGAUGAUCCAAACAGGGAUCGAAACAUGUAGCAGAUGCUAAAUAAAACCAGUGUUAGUACAAUAAUAUUGAACUGGUUUAUUGGCAAAUUUGUUUACGGCCAAAAAAAAGAACAUGUAAUAUAUUCAGUCCUUUAUAUUUUGAUGCAUCCAUUAUUUCAAAGUUUCAAGUUAGAAAUAUAUGUAGAUGCAUGAAAAUAUUUUAAAGCUUUUCAUAUAAUGCUGUUAUACAGAGGGACUAUUUAUCAGCUAUGCCCAUUCAGUGUGUUAGUUACUGGUCCAUAAUCCUCACACUCAAGGCAUACCAAACAAAACCAGAAGAAAAAUGUGGCUACUUGGGAUGAAGCUCAUCACUAUGAACUGGCCAAAUAUACCCGUUAUGGAAAUUACUGGAUCAUGUUCCUGUAAAUUGUGCACGUCUGGUGUUAUGUAAAGCUGUGGUUUCAAUAAUUUUGUUGCAGUCCUACAGAGUUCCCUUCAUGUUUAAGACAGAUAAGUUUACCUCAGAGCACUGAGUGCUUUAUAUGAAUGUGUGAAAUGUAAAUGUGUUGGCAUGUCUCUGAAAAAAUCUGGAAGAAAGUUAGCUUGGGUUCAUGUUCUCUACAGAAAUAUUAUUCAGAAGCUUGUCAUUAGAGAAAAGCAACUGGCAUAUAAUGGGAAAACAGAAAGACAGUAUUAGUGCUUAGCCUGAACAUUUGGUUUAUAAGCCUCUUAAGGACCGUGUCAGAAACAUGACUAUCAAAAGAUGCUGCAAGCUCUGCAACAGAAUUAUUGAAACUAUCGUCUUAUAAAGCUGCAGUUGUACCCCCUGCAGCCGUGUAACCAGUAAUUUCUUUAAUAUUACAAACUUUCCUGUGUGCUAGAAAGUUUUAUUUAAUAGUUUUUUUUCAUCUUUCACUAUAAUAGAUCUUACAUUAAGUAAAGUAAAAAAGGUAAAGCUAUCCCUGUAACCGGCCAUGAAGGUCCAUAGGGUUGUGAAAUGUUGAG